UCUCCAGUCCAGAUAUUGGGGAAAAAUAAAAAAGGAAAAAAAAAAGAAACCUCCCAGGACUCCUUUUCCCUCCCUCUGUAUUUCUCUCGAGGUAAAAAAUUAUCAUCAAGAAAGGGAAAUAAAAGCCCCCAUUUCAUCUCUCUGAGGAGCUCCUGAGUCCCUGGGCUAAGGGUUCCAUCCAGGUCCUCCAGGACGGCUCACGUGGAUUUCGCUUCGUGGGAUUGAAGGUUAUCUAGGGUUUUCGUCGUAGGAGCUGCGGAUCGUUUAGGUUCCAUCUCUCCACCGCCCUUGUCUGCUGGGUUUUCUUUGAUGCUUGAAGCCGGGAUUGCGAUCCUUGGAUGUUUUUUGUUCGGUUUGAUGGUCGCGGCGGCUGCAAUUUUGUUUGAAGUCUGAGUUCGAAGUCUGGGAGGCGCGUUUUUGGAUUCGUGAGCUUAGCAGUGGGAAUUUAGGUUGUUCAUCGGAGGAAUCAUCGGUAUUUUUUGCUUGAUUACGUGUUUGGAAGAUCUUGAUUGGGUUUUGCCUGUAAUGGGUGGUGUCGAUUUCGUAGUUAGAGCCGGAUGAUUGUUCCUUGAUUAAAAAGUUUGGAUUUUCCUUUUUUUUUUUUUUUGGUUGGGGUUUGGAAAGGGGCAAUCGAUAGUUCGGUGUUGGAGAAAUGGAGGGCAAGAGCGAGAUUGUGAUGAUUGGGGGCAAGGGUGGCAUGCAUUUGACUAAGGAGAGGCAUUCGGAGGAUCCGUUGCGCUCGGAGAAUGAAAUGGAUGAGAAUGGAGGUCUUGGGAGUUUGGAGGACAUCAGCGAGCCUCUGUCGGCAGAGAAAGGGGAGGGAAGCAAUGUUUUCUCGAGGGAAGCUCCGCUCCGGGCCAAGGAUCCCAGAGUCACAAGGGGCCACAGCUGUGGCACCAAGAAGCUCAGAUCGAGGGCCUCAGAUUUGGUGGAGGAAACCGAGGCCCGAAGGAAGGACAAGGACAAGAACAAGCAGGAGAGGAAGCUUAGUAGGCAGGACCGGAUCGAGCUGGGGCGCUUGUUCCAGGCGGCAGUGAGUUCUCAUGAUUGGGAGCAUGCGGAGAGCCUGAUUCUGCUGGCCGAUCCACAGACUCUCAAUGAUGCACUCUGCAUAGCACUAGAUUCGAUCUGGUUCCUGACCACACGCCCAGAACUGAAUGGGAUUACUGAGCUGAUCAAGAAGAUUGUUGCCAAUGGCGCAAAUGAUUUUACGAGGGCAGCCCUGAGGACUUCGUUUCUUGCUUCGUGCGUUUCCGCCUGUCAGAGCAAGACGAUGAGCUUGGCUGAUACUGUGACCGUCAUGGCCCAAAGAUUACAUGAACGUUUGCAAGAAUGUCAUGGAGAUGAGAUUUUGAAGGCAGAAGCUGGUGCCAAAGUCCAGAAGUUUACAGAAUGGGCUUUGAAGUGCAUCGAAUUUCACUCUCGCUGCCAGGAAAAUAAGGGUAGAGGAAGCCACAGCACGAUUCUUGAGGUCCAACUCCAGUUGUCUGCAUUCAAGAACUUUUUGGAUAUUGCUGGCAACCAACUCACAGGAAAAGAUUUCACUGAAGCCUUUGAUGCUGCAUGCUUCCCUCUUACUCUCUUUUCUAGCUCUUUUGACCCUGGCUGGGCUUCUGGAGUUUCAGCUACAGCAAUACAAGGGUUGCUCGGGAUGCUAGUAGAGGGGGGUGCAGACAAUGUGAACCAAUGCUUUCUAGAAGCUUCACGCUUUGGGAGCACAGAACUUGUACGCAUUUUGCUUCAGAUUGCUCAGAGGAACAGCUUGGAUGUGGAUGUUGAUCUCGCCCUUGGCUUUGCAUCCCACUACUGUAAGAUUGGAACUAUGGAAUGCUUGGUUGAAGAGGGGAAUGCUGUGGCCUUCCUGGGCCCUCUGAUGCGAGCUGCGGAGCGAGGGUGCAUGCAAGUUGUCCAGUGGUUUGUCAACCGAGGAUGCAGGGACAUGGAGCUGUGUCUUGCCCUCACCGCAGCCACCUCCAGCAGCCAGGUGGGCAUCGCUGCAUACCUCCUGCCCCAUGUCCCCCAGCAUGUCCUCGCAGCCCUCAGCAUCGAGAUCCUCAAGGCUGCUGGGGAGAGAAGCAGCGGGUCCCUCGAUGGUGUUGCCUUUCUUCUUCGUUCUGACUUCCUAAGUGACCCUGCUGCUACAUAUGCUGUUGCUGACAGCAUUGCCAGGUCUGAUGAUGAGGCAGUGGCCCCUGAACUGAAGGCUUUUCUGAAGGAGAACUGGUCGGAGGCUGCAUUCUCUGAAGGGAUUAGUUCUGGUCAGGAGCACUAUGUGAAUUUUAUGAGGAUUUUAAGAAGGGGUUGUUCACCUAUCUGCCUGAGGGACCUGCCUCUGCCCCUCGUUAUCGCCGUUGCCUACCUGCCGCUGUACAGGGAGUGUGCGAAGGCGGGUGGCUGGCUGCUGCCACAGAGGCUGAGAGGGCAGCUUGUUGAGGCUGCAAGUAGACUUGGCAAUGGGCCGGUGGACAGAUGUUGCCCGGGGAAAGAGCUCCUGGCAGUUUUGGAGCAUCACCUGCCUCCCUUCUUGAUCCAAUCUCCAAGCACCGCCCAUGGCCCUUAGGUGAGUUUCAGCAAAACAUGGGUUCAAAGGAAAACAUAUGUUGUGUUAAUCCUUUGAUCUAUGAAUACUCUAUACGGUAUUCCUUGUGCAUUUGUAUUCAAGAGUAUCAGGAUGGUCAAUUGAGGGUGUCUUUGAAUGGUUUAGUCAUAUGAGGGUUCACCUUUGAUCGCUGCGGUUGGGAAAAUGGUUAUAAGAUAUAGUUUUGGGCAGUGUUAUGUUUGACAUGACAUAACAUAUAUGGUAGCAUCAUAGCUCUCUUUCUUAAUGAACUGAGAAUGUGCAGUUCCUUUUUGAAUUUGCU